AUGCAAUACCAGAUAAAUCACUUUAACAUGACAUUGAAGUUACCAACGCGAGAAAUACGUCCAAGAAGCCACACUAUUGGAAAUGAUAGCGACGUUAAACAUUUACAGCAACAAGUUGCAAUUACAAUCGAUAUUAUGCAUAAGAAUAUUCAGUUAGGAUUAAUUCGUGGAGACAAUCUUGACGAUUUAGAAAGGAGAUCGAGUAUAAUGGAGGAAGAAGCCAAGCGCAUGGUCCAAAUGAGCCGAAAAGUGCAUCAAAAAUAUUGCUGGAAAAAUGCUAAAACAUGGAUCAUUGUCAUUAGCGUUGUCAUGAUCAUUAUUGGAAUAAUCAUGAUUUUGAUGAUUUUUGGAAUUAUUAACAAAUUUAUUGAUUGA